UUUUUUUUUUUUAAAAAAAAAAGCAGCAAAGAAAAGCAAAGCAAGUGAGAGAAAGAAUAGAGACUAAAGGUUUCUCAAAACUCUCUAUGAUUUAAAUUCUCUCAAGAACGGAACUUGGGAUUUUCUCUCUUGCUUAAAAUCCAGAAUAGGAAGUCCCCUCUAACUUUCUACAAAGACCCUGUUUGGGAGCUUCAAGAAAAAGGAAAAAGGAACAAGCUGAACAAGAACAAGUGCAGCCAGUGACUUAUAUUCAUUCAUCAUCAAGAGAGAGAGUGUGAUAUAGACCCAAGUUGAAAGAAAACAACUUUCUUGAGGAAGACAUAAUGAAUAGAGGUGUUUUGCAGACAUCUCCGGCGGUGGAGCAAAUAAUAGCCGGAAACCCUAUUUGGUGGAAUAUCAAUAACAUGAGGCCACCAACUCAUCAACAAACCUCUCCUUUUGUUCCUCCUCCUAAUCUUUUCCCUCAGUUCAUUCCUUCUUCUUCUUCUAAUAAUUCUUCUUCAUCGUCUUCUUCUUCACUUACUAUUCCUUCUUGGCAUGAUAAUAAUCAAGAACAACUUCCAGACUCGUGGAGCCAACUCCUCUUGGGUGGAUUGGUGGAUGAAGAUAAGGGAAACAUGACGAGUCAUUUUCAAACUAAGAAGUUUGAGAAUUGGGAGGAGCAAAUGUUACAUCAUCAGGCUUCAAGUAUAGUUUCUCCUGUUGUGGAUGUGAAGCAAGAAAAUUCUGCAACUAGCUAUGUCUAUGGACAUGCAAAUAGUGAAGAUUUUCAGACAGCAAAACCUAGUUGGUCUCAAAUGAUUCCUCCUCCAGUUUCUUCCCCUAAAUCAUGUGUUACUACAAGUUUCAGCAGUAACAUGCUUGAUUUUUCUACUAACAAAGGAGAUUGCAGGCAUCCUCCACCAGAUCGAUCCUCUGAGUGUAACAGCACUGCAACAGGUGGGGCAGUUAAGAAAGCUAGGGUUCAACCUUCUUCAACCCAAUCUACCUUUAAGGUGAGGAAGGAGAAAUUAGGUGACAGAAUUACUGCCCUUCACCAGUUAGUUUCUCCGUUUGGCAAGACUGACACAGCCUCUGUCUUGUUAGAAGCUAUAGGGUACAUCAGAUUCCUUCAGAACCAAAUUGAGGCUCUCAGCUUACCGUACUUGGGCAGUGGAUCCUCAAAUAUGAGGCUACAACAACAAUCUGUUCAGGGAGAAAGGAAUUGUAUUUUUCCUGAGGACCCUGGUCAGUUGUUGAAUGAUAACUGCAUAAAGAGGAAAGGAGCUUCUGAUCAGCAGGACUGUAAUGAAGAACCCAAGAAGGAUUUAAGGAGUAGAGGGUUGUGUCUGGUUCCUGUCUCAUGCACUCUGCAAGUUGGAAGUGAUAAUGGAGCAGACUACUGGGCUCCUGCUCUUGGAGGAGGGUUUCGAUAGACGGAAUAAAUUCACAGCACAGAAGAGCUUAAUCCAAACGAUAUAACAUCAUGAGCAGUCACUCUGCUCAAAAAUUAAGGCUGAUUGCUCAUGAUGCUAUACAAUCUAGCUACACCUGUGCCUUCGGUUCCUGGACUUUGGAUGUCCUUUAAUACUUUCUAGUAAUUUAAGAUUAAACCUACCCUAUGCUGUUUUUAUCUUAACUUAGCAGCUUCUAGUUAUAUGUUGCUUUUCAUGUAUAUGCAGUCCUAGUAUGAUUAAUCAUUUUGAUGCUGUAGUUUAAGCAGCAUUCAUCAUGCAGCCACCAGAACAUUUGGAUAUUCUCAUCUUUAGUACCAGUUAUCUAAUUAUCAAAAAAUAGAAUGGGAAAAAAAAUAAACUUCUUCUCCAUUUUACAUCAA